ACACACACAGGAGAGAAGCCUUACAUCUGCUCUGACUGUGGAAAAUGCUUCACAACAUCAACUCAUCUAAAAGUUCAUCAGAGAACACACACAGGAGAGAAGCCUUAUUACUGCUCUGACUGUGGAAAAUGUUUUAAAACAUCAAAUGAGCUAAAACUAAAAGUUCAUCAGAGAACACACACAGGAGAGAAGCCUUACGUCUGCUCUGACUGUGGAAAAUGCUUCACAACAUCAACUCAUCUAAAAGUUCAUCAGAGAACACACACAGGAGAGAAGCCUUAUUACUGCUCUGACUGUGGAAAAUGUUUUAAAACAUCAAAUGAGCUAAAAGUUCAUCAGACAACACACACAGGAGAGAAGCCUUAUUACUGCUCUGACUGUGGACAAUGUUUUAAAACAUCAACUCAGCUAAAGGUUCAUCAGAGAACUCACACAGGAGAGAAGCCUUUCUUCUGCUCUGACUGUGGGGUGAGUUUCUCUCAUCAGGGCACCUUAAAAACACACCAACUUAUACACACCGGAGAGAAGCCUUACGUCUGCUCUGACUGUGGAAAAUGCUUCAAAACAUCAACUGAGCUAAAAGUUCAUCAGAGAACACACACAGGAGAGAAGCCGUAUUACUGCUCUGACUGUGGAACUAGUUUCUCUAAAUUUUCCCACUUAAAAACACAUGAACGUAUACAUACAGGUGAGAAGCCUUUCUUCUGCUCUGACUGUGGGGCGAGUUUCUCUCAUCUGGGCACGUUAAAAACACACCAACGUAUACACACAGGAGAGAAGCCUUAUUCCUGCUCUGACUGUGGAAAAUGCUUCAAAACAUCAACUGAGCUAAAAGUUCAUGAACGUAUACAUACAAGGGAGAAGCCUUACUCCUGCUCUGACUGUGGAAAAUGUUUAAAAAAAUCAAAUGAGCUAAAAGUUCAUCAGAGAACACACACAGGAGAGAAGCCUUACGUCUGCUCUGACUGUAAAAAAUGCUUCACAACAUCAACUCAUCUAAAAGUUCAUGAGAGAACACACACAGGAGAGAAGCCUUAUUACUGCUCUGGCUGUGGAAAAUGUUUUAAAACAUCAAAUGAGCUAAAAGUUCAUCAGAGAACACACACAGGAGAGAAGCCUUACGUCUGCUCUGACUGUGUAAAAUGUUUUAAAACAUCAACUCAGCUAAAAGUUCAUCAGAGGACUCAUACAGGAGAGAAGCCUUUUUUCUGCUCUGACUGUGGGGCGAGUUUCUCUCAUCUGGGCACCUUAAAAUCACACCAACUUAUACACACAGGAGAGAAGCCUUAUGUCUGCUCUGACUGUGGAAAAUGCUUCAAAACAUCAACUGAGCUAAGAGUUCAUCAGAGAACACACACAGGAGAGAAG